AUGUCUUACGCCGACAAAUCCAGGCAGUCCUCUGGCGGCAAGACCUCCUUCUUCUCCAGAGGCAGAAACAAAGCCGACAAGAGGCAAACCAGUGACGAAGGUCGACAGCUCGGCGCCUAUGACGCUGCAAGCUUUGUGACUACGGGAUCGCGUACUUCGCGGCACGCCAGAGAGUCAUCAAUCAUAUCCAUCGAUCGCCCCGACACGCCCGAGUCCGGAUACAACAUGUCCGCUGGUGCCAUUUCCACCAUUCCCUACGAGAACACCGCCUCUGACCGAAGGUCGCCCAUCCCCGUCGAUUAUCUACCCAAGCAGGAUCAGCUGCCCUUGGGUCGCGAGCCCUUGCCGCACCAGCUGAAUAAAUCCCCUGGAGACUUUCACCAGUACCCGAGUUUCGAUCCUUCCGCAAUGUAUAACACCGCGGGUUCCCACUUGUCGGGCGUGCGACCGGCCGCCGGGGUGUCCAACAUAACGAUGGCCUCUACGGGGCGGCAAACCCAGCUCCAGCAAUGGGGCCCGCCGAGGGAAAGUGGUUAUGCCGGAUCUCACAGCUCGAGAUAUAACUCUUACCAACCGUCCGGAGGGCGGAACUCGACGGACCAGUCCAGUGUGUUUUCAGGUAAUGCGCAAACCCCCGCCCAAGACACUGCAACUAGAGACUCAUCAAAACUAGCACUCCCAAGUGCCUCAUCUCUCAGCUCCUACUCCUCCCACUCCAAUAGAGAUUCGCAUCGCCUAACUAAAUUUCCAGGCGGUGGAGGUGGUUUUCAACAGGGAGGCGCUCACGAUGGAUUUAACUUUGUCAAACCGGAAGAUGAUAACAUCAUCGACCAAAUGUUUCUGGCCCUGAUGCAGAAACGAGGGUGGCACAACCUCCCGGAGCAAGCACGGCGCCAGAUGCUUGCUUACCCGUCGGCCAAAAAAUGGACCUUGAUCUACCAAGACCGCCUGACUGAAUGGCAAGGAGAGCAGAGGCGGCGGCAAACUGCCAAGCCAGGGCAGUAUCAGAACUUCGAUGUCACUACAUAUUCCGAUGAAGAGGGGUCUCCCGAAUGGUACGUUAGGAAAGUCAUGGAUAACAGCCUCGACACGAAAGGUCUCGGGAGUCUCGAAGUCAACCUCCGCACUCAGCAAAUCGGCUGGGUCAAGCGAUUCAUAGAGUGCCAAGGUCAGGUCGCCUUGACGAAUGUUCUCAACAAAAUCAAUCGCAAGACGGCAAUGGGCCCGGCGGCCUCUGAGAGUGGCAAAGGCGACAAGAACCUGGAUCGGGAAUACGACAUUGUGAAAUGUCUCAAGGCUCUGAUGAACAAUAAGUUUGGUGCAGAUGAUGCUCUUGCCCAUCAGCAGGUCAUUGUUGCCCUGGCUACCUCUCUCAUCUCUCCGCGACUCACGACACGGAAACUGGUCAGCGAAGUUCUGACCUUCCUGUGCCAUUGGGGAGAAGGCAAUGGACAUGUCAAAGUCCUCCAGGCGAUGGACUCUGUCAAGAGUCAACAAUCCGAGAAUGGACGUUUCGACUCCUGGAUGCGUCUGGUCGAGGUGACGCUGGAUGGGCGCGGCAAGAUGGGCAGUCUCGUUGGUGCGAGUGACGAGGUCCGCAGCGGAGGAAUCGGCAUGGAGAACCUCUUGAUGGAAUAUGCCGUGGCAACCAUGAUCCUCGUCAACAUGAUUGUCGACGCUCCGGAGAAGGACCUCCAGCUGCGGAUCCAUAUCCGCGCCCAGUUCCAGGCCUGCGGGUUCAAGCGGAUCCUGACAAAGAUGGAAGCUUUCCAGUACGAACUUCUGAACAAGCAGAUUGAACGUUACCGGAACAAUGAAGCCAUCGAUUACGAGGACAUGCUGGAACGGGACAACAGUAGCAUCAAGGAUAGUAUCGAUGGGGAAGUGAAAGACCUCACGGAUCCGGUCCAGAUCGUGGACGCGAUCCAGCAGCGUCUGCGGGGAAGCAGGACCCAAGACUACUUCAUCUCGGCCCUCCAGCACCUGCUCUUGAUCAGGGACAACGAUGGCGAGGAGCGGCUACGCAUGUUUCAGCUUGUGGAUUCCAUGCUGAGUUAUGUGGCCAUGGACCGGCGGCUGCCGGACAUGGAUCUCAAGCAAAGUUUGAACUUUACCGUUCAGAGCUUGCUUGACAAACUGCACACUGAUUCCGAGGCAAGGCAAGCUCUCGAUGAGGCUUUGGAGUCACGGCAGAUUGCGGAGGCUGCUAUGGCCGAGCGCGAUGAUAUGCGUGCCAAGCUUGAACUGGGUGCCGACGGACUUGUGGCCAAGUUGCAGAAGCAGCUCGACGAGCAGUCCAGGUUCAUUGAAGCUCAACGGAGACAAGCCGAGGGCUUGAAGUCUGAGCUCGACAACUUGCAAACACUCCGCGCCAAGGAGGCCCAGAGGAACGAGCUCGAGACUAGAGAACUUUAUCUCAUGCUGCGCGACGCUCAGGACGUAGCCGCCUCGAAUGCUGUUAAGGGCAGCAAGGCAGGCGACGGCAAUCCCGCCCAGAUGCAAGGCAUCCUUGACCGUGAUAGACUCAUGGAACGGUUGCAGAUGCAGAUCGAGCGCCAAAAGACUCAGUACAAGCUCGAAGGCCGUGUUUGGGGCGACAAUGCCGGGCCAUCUGACAGGUUGCGGGCUCUCCGAGAGGAGAUGGACGGUUAUGGCGGCGGUGCAGAAGGCGGCGGUUUGGCAACGCCGCCUCGCGACUUCACCAACAGCAUGCUUGGCAGUGUCCGACGACAGACCAAGAUACCUCGGAAGCCUGUCAAUUCCCAGGGCGAGCCUGUUGAGGGUGCUCUGGCGGAGGAGACCGAUGAGCUCACGGACGAAGACGGCGUUGUCUACGAGAAGCCUCGUAUGGUCGAGAUCCGACGGCCAGUCAUGGAUCCCAAGCAGCAGACCGGUCUACUCAAUGAGAUCACUGGAACGGUCAAGAAGUACGAUGCCAGCGAUGAUGAGGGAGACGGUGUUACCACCGGUCCCACGCACCCGAGCCUCGAAUCCCAGGCGCCCAUCACUCCUGGGGAUACGGAAACGCCAAAGAUCGAGAUCACGGGUGCCGGAGCUCCGCCGCCGCCGCCGCCUCCUCCGCCUCCACCUCUGCCCGGGCAACUUCCGGGUGCCGCCCCUCCUCCUCCCCCGCCCCCGCCUCCACCUCCCGGGAUGCUCUCUCCGGCGUCAGCUGCGGGAGGCCCUCCUCCGCCACCGCCGCCACCGCCACCCCCCAUGCCUGGCCAACUGCCUGGUGCUGCUCCUCCUCCGCCUCCACCACCGCCCCCGCCACCGCCUCCUAUGCCAGGAGCAGGUGGUAUGCCCCCACCGCCUCCUCCUAUGCCUGGAAAGAUGUCGGGCCAUUUCUUGUCCCAGCAGGAAACCUUUACGGCGACGCCUACUAUCGGCUUGCCUGUCGUGCGGCCUAAGAAGAAGCUCAAGGCUCUUCACUGGGAGAAGGUUGAUACUCCCAUGACGACUCACUGGGCUGCCCAUGCUCCGUCAGCCGAAGAGCGCGAGGAGAAGUAUAUGGAGCUGAGCCGUAAGGGUAUUCUUGAUGAGGUCGAGAAGCUCUUCAUGGCCAAGGAGAUCAAAAAGAUCGGCCAAGGAGGCUCGAAGAAGGACGACAAGAAGCAGAUCAUCUCGAGCGAUCUGCGCAAAGCUUUCGAAAUCGCUCUUGCCAAGUUCUCGCAAUACUCUGUUGAGAAGAUUGUGCAGAUGAUCAUCCACUGCGACACGGAGGUGCUUGACAACAAUGUUGUCAUGGACUUCUUGCAGAAAGACGACCUCUGCAACAUCCCUGACAACACUACCAAGGUCAUGGCUCCCUACAGCAAGGACUGGACGGGCCCGAAGGCGAACGAGGAGUCUCGUGAGCAGGACCCCUCGGAGCUUACCCGACAAGAUCAAAUCUACUUGCAGACCGCCUUUGAGCUGCACCACUACUGGAAGAGCAGGAUGCGGGCUCUCGCUUUGACGCGCAGCUUCGAGCCGGACUACGAGGAGAUCUCGGACAAGAUCCGCCAUGUCAUGACGGUGUCUGAGUCGCUGCGAGACUCGGUCUCGCUGAUGAAUGUUCUGGGCCUCAUUUUGGAUAUCGGUAAUUACAUGAACGACGCCAACAAGCAGGCGCGCGGAUUCAAGCUGAGCUCGCUGGCGCGCCUGGGCAUGGUCAAGGAUGACAAGAACGAGUCGACGCUCGCUGAUCUGGUGGAGCGCAUCGUGCGGCAGCAGUAUCCCGAAUGGGAGGCCUUUGCGACCGACAUUGGCGGGGUGCUCACGGCGCAAAAGAUCAACAUCGAGCAGCUGCAGACGGAUGCCAAGAAGUACAUUGAGAACAUCCGGAACGUACAAAUGUCGCUCGACAGCGGCAACCUGUCGGACCCCAAGAAGUUCCACCCUCAGGACCGGGUGUCGCAGGUCGUGCAGCGCUGCAUGAAGGACGCCAGGCGCAAGGCCGAGCAGAUGGAGCUGUACCUGGAGGAGAUGGUCCGGACGUAUAAUGACAUUAUGGUCUUCUACGGCGAGGACCCGGCCGACGAGAAUGCCAGACGCGACUUCUUUGCCAAGCUGGCCCUCUUCGUGAGCGAGUGGAAGAGGUCGCACGAGAAGAACCUCAAGCUCGAGGAGCUCAGGAAGAGGAACGAGGCCAGCAUGAAGAGGAAGCACGCGCAGCUCAAGGUGGCCGGCAGCGGCGUGGACGGUGCCCUGCCUAGUCCGACGAGCACCGGCGCCAUGGACAGCCUGCUGGAGAAGCUGCGGGCGGCGGCGCCGCAGACGAGAGACCAGAGAGACAGGCGGCGGCGGGCGCGGCUCAAGGACCGGCACCAGGUGCGCAUCGCGUCGGGCCAGAAGAUCCCGGACCUCAACGAGAUCCCCGAGAUCGAGGCCGGGCUGCAGAGCGCCAAGAGCACCGAGUCGGGCCGGACCGACGAGGACGGCAACAGCCUGCUCAGCCCGGGCCUCGCGUCGCCCAAGGAGGGCGAGGAGGAGGACGACCUCGCGCAGCGGGCGGCGCUGCUGCUGCAGGGCAUGCGGGCCGGGGAGGACGGCGGCGGCGGCGCGGACGAGGGCGACGAGGAGAAGAGGGAGAGCCUGCGCAGGGCGCGGAGGCAGACGGCCGAGGAGGAGAGGAAGGCGAGGCGGAGGAGGCUGCGGGACAACAAGGCGGCGUCGAGCCAGGCGGGCGAGGGGGACGGCGGCGAGCCGGCCAAGCAGGCGGAUGGCGGUGAGGAUACGCCGACGCCUACGACGGAAGAGACGCCUGCUGGCGCCGAGUGA